CUUUCUCUAUAUAUUUCUCUUAGGGAUGGUUUUCGGGACUCCUCAACGUCCCUCAUCUCAACAAAGAAUGAGAAAUAUACAAAAAAAUAAGAAGAGAACGAAUACAUCACCUCGUCAGUCUCAACAACCACAACAGUCUCAACAACCACAACAGUCUCAACAACCGCAACAGUCUCAACAACCGCAACAGUCUCAACAACCACAACAGUCUCAACAACCACAACAGCCUCAACAACCGCAACAGCCUCAACAACCACAACAACCUCAACAACCACAACAACCUCAACAACCACAACAGCCUCAACAACCACAACAGUCUCAACAACCACAACAGCCUCAACAACCACAACAGCCUCAACAACCACAACAGUCUCAACAACCACAACAGCCUCAACAACCGCAACAGCCUCAACAACCACAACAGUCUCAACAACCGCAACAGCCUCAACAACCACAACAGUCUCAACAACCACAACAGUCUCAGCAACUGCAACAGUCUCAACAACCUCAACAAGUUAAUCAACAAAUAAUACCCCAACAGCAACAGGCUACUGAUAUUUGUUCAUCUUAUCCACAAAGGACGAUUAUGGAUGUAACAAUGGAAGACUCUGAAGGUAUGAAUAGAUCUACUUCUGAUGGUGCGAGUGAAGAGAUUCAACAAAGUGAGAGGUUACAAACAGCCAACGCAGUAUAUGGAAUCCAGACCAGGACGAGAAGCUCUGCGCAGCAAGGCUCUAACACACAAAAUCAACAUACCGUUAAUCAAGAAAGUGGAACAUCAACAUCGCAAAAUUCACUAAGUGAAGAUGAAGACGAGGACGAAUACCAUGGAGGUUAUGCUGAAUUGGUUUGUCGACAAUCAUCUGGGACAAGCACAAGAAAAGGAUGUAUUGUUAAAUAUCGGAAUCUGUCUUUUGCUCAAACAUACGUGACUGAAAUCAUUGAAUAUGAAGGUGAAGAUUACUAUAGAAAUGAGUAUAAGGAUGAACUUCUAACAAAAAAAGACAUGAUUGAUUAUGACGAUACCAAUGAUGCGCAGUUAAAACGUCGUAAAUAUGAGGAUUUGAGUGCAGAAGAGAGAGAAAAAGUCAUAUUCCGCAAGGACGCAGAAAAAUUCCACAAAAGUUUUGUAGAAAAAAACCCUUAUUUAUAUGAAUGUGGCUACUGCAAAACAACCGAAACCAGAGCAGAUCACCUUCGUCGUCAUAUUUUUGGUCGCAGUGACUCAGCUAAUAGAUUUGCUACCGUGUGUAAGGAUAGGAUAAGAUAUGAUAAAAUUAACUCUCGAGAUAUUAACAAUAUUCCACGCAAGGACCCAUGGGCAAGACUAGUAGUCAACGAUCCAUGCAGAGGACUCGAUGAUCGAAUACCAAGAAGAAUUGUUGAUGGGUUCAAUAAUCAUUGUACUUCUAAACAUAAAAUUACGAACGAAAGAAUCAUCGAACGUUAAGCCUUUUUAUUUUUGAGCACAAUAAACAUUA